AUGGAUAACGAAAAUGCAUUUUUGUUUCAUAUAUUUGCGCCAUAUACACAUAAAAAUGGGGAUACACACAAAAAUAUGAUAAGAAAUUACUCUUUUAUAAAAUUACCAAGCAUAUCAGAACCCUCUAAGCCCGUAUUAUACCAUUAUAACGAACAAAGUAAUGAAUUAUAUUUACUAGAAAGGAAUUAUUAUAAUCCUCAAAUUGAGGCAAUUAAGCAUGAACAUGAAAAAAUAAAUAAAAGUCAUAUAUCUAUAUUUAUUAAUAAUUAUGCUAUAGAAAAUGAAUACAGCUUUUUCUGUUAUCCUAUUGAUGCUAUUUUUAUUUUUAUAUCUAUAAUAUAUAAGAACUAUUCAAACAAUACCUAUAUAACAUUAGAAGACUUACUAGAUAAUGUAUUGGGUUGUGACAUUGAUGAUCCUCAAAAAACAAAUCAAGUUAUUAAAAAUACAUUAUAUAUUUUUAAUAAAAAUGUAAAUGAAAUAAAAGAUAGACUAAAAAUAAUAUGUGAUGAAUUAUAUGAAAAUGGAAAAUUAUUUUUUAAACCAAAUAUCCAAAAAAUUAAAAAAUUUUAUAAUUUUAAAUGUAUUAUGUUAUAUAAUUAUAUAGUAGAAAAUAAAAUUGUUUUCCCUGAUUAUUCUCAAAAAAUGGAUAAAGAAUUGCUAGAAAAAUAUCAUACAUCUCUUAAAAAUGAGCAAAUAUUAAAAAUAACUAAUGAAGGAAAUAUCAAUGAAAUAGACAAAUAUAAAGAAUAUACAAAACACAUAGAUACCUAUUUUGUCGAACAUAAUAAUGCAUAUUAUAAAUUUAAUGGGCAAAAUUUAAAAACUUUUAUUUGGUUAAUUAUGAAAGGAUUUAUGUAUUCAUCAUUAAGUGAAAAACUUAUACCACAAGAUAUAUCUGAUAACUUAAAUAAAAUUAAAGAGGAAACUAAAAAAAUCAAAAUUCAACAAAAUGAAACAUUCACAAAAGGUAAAAAACAUACAUUACAAACUCCAAGAAAUCAAUUAAUGAUUGACUCAUUUUUUAAAAAAAAAAAAGUUAAAUAA